CCAUGAAGCGGCUGUCAUGCGCAUAGCGGCACUGAUUGCACUCGUGCAGCUGUCGCUCGCUACAGCUGUUUCAGAUGAACCACAAACGCUCACAGCGGCUGAGCUGAACCGCGAAUUGUCCGGGGACAAUGUGCUCUCACCUUUCUACGAAAGCAGUGAGGAUGCUGGGGUCACCUUCAUAAGGGGGUCAAGGGCAGCUGACUCGCCCUUGUCUCCUGAUAUCGACGUGCAAUGCUCGGGCGACUAUAUCGACGUCACUGUUGAAUUCGCCGAUAUUUUCGAUGGCAUCAUUUACAGUAAGGGUUACUUAAAUGACCCGAACUGCAAAUAUGUGUCAUUGGGCAACAGUCAGUCUCGGUACUCAUUCAGAGUGCCACUGAAUGGCUGUGGCUCCCGACCUCUCUGCAAUGCAUGUGGUACCAUCGACAAUGUACUGGUGUUCCAAGCUGACGACCUGUUACAAGGGCCUCAGGAUUUCGCUCGCAAGGUGUCAUGUGCCCGCACUUCCCUGGAAGUGUCGACUGGAGUUGUCGCGUCCAGAGAAGAGCACACUCUUAAGCUAAAACCUUUCAUGGUUGAUAUGCUUGAUGUAGUUGCUGUCGAAGGACCUGCUGGAGGAGUCGAAUGCUGGAUGGACAUCCAAAAAGGAGUCUUUCCUAAUACCACUCCACUAAAGGACUCGAUCAAGAUUGGAGAAUACUUGACAAUCCUUGUGUACCUCAAGGAUGUAAGGAAUCAAUUCAGCCUUAAAAUACACGAUUGUUGGGCUUAUGACAGCGACAGCUACGAUGGUCCUCGUACCAACAAGAUUCAACUGACUGACAAAAACGGAUGCCCCAAGAAGAGGAAGCUGAUUGAUCUCUGGCAAAAGACUACGAACACAGGCAAGAGCGGUGCCACAUUAAUUGCUUACAGCAAAGUGAGCGCUUUCCGAUUCCCUGAAACCGACCAAGUUUACUUAACUUGUAACGUCGAGUUAUGUACAAACAACUGCGACUCAAACUGCGAUGGAGUCAUCACGGAAAUUUCGACUACGAUCAGACCAUCACAAUGUUACCCUGGAUCACGUGAUCCUGGAUGUCAACGUAUCACAGUUGAACCACAAUUAAAGUGUUACCCUGGCUCACUUGAUCCCAGAUGUCCUCAACAGCCAACACCAACGACACCAAACUGUUAUCCAGGCAGCACAGACCCACGGUGCCCAUCACCUACAACUGUUAAACCAGUUUGUUACCCAGGCUCACCUGAUCCUAGAUGCCCACAACCUCCAAAGCCGACUACACGGAAUCCCCCUACUUAUUUGCCUCCAACAACUCCAGAGCCACUACGCUGCUUCCCUGGUUCAACUGACCCAAGAUGCCCGAAGCCGACAACUCCUGAGCCACCACGCUGUUUCCCUGGCUCUACUGACCCAAGGUGUCCCAAACCAACGACUCCUGAGCCACCACGCUGUUUCCCAGGCUCAAUUGAUCCAAGGUGCCCCAAACCAACGACUCCUGAGCCACCACGCUGCUUCCCAGGUUCCACUGACCCAAGAUGCCCCAAACCAACGACUCCUGAACCACCACGCUGCUUCCCUGGCUCUAAUGACUCCAGAUGCCCCAAACCAACGACUCCUGAACCUCCACGCUGCUUCCCUGGCUCCACUGACCCAAGAUGCCCCAAACCAACGACUCCUGAACCACCACGCUGCUUCCCUGGCUCUAACGACCCCAGAUGCCCCAAACCAACGACUCCUGAGCCUCCCCGCUGCUUCCCUGGGUCCACUGACCCACGAUGCCCCAAACCAACGACGCCUGAGCCACCACGCUGUUUCCCUGGCUCAACUGACCCCAGAUGUCCCAAGCCAACGACCCCUGAACCUCCUCGAUGCUACCCGGGUUCACCUGAUCCUAGAUGUCCACAGCCUCCUCGACCUACAACUUUAACGCCACCCACAUAUUUACCACCAGUAACGCCUGAAUUUAAAUGCUAUCCAGGUUCAUCGGACCCUAGGUGUCCACAACCAACUACCCCAGCUCCUCCAAGAUGUUUCCCUGGCAGUACAGAUCCCAGAUGCCCAAAACCUACAACACCAGCACCUCCUAACUGUUACCCUGGAAACACGGACCCACGUUGUCCCAAACCAACAACUCCGGAGCCUCCACGCUGCUUCCCAGGCUCAACUGAUCCAAGAUGUCCCAAACCAACGACUCCUGAGCCACCACGCUGCUUCCCAGGUUCAACAGAUCCCAGGUGCCCUAAGCCAACAACCCCAGCACCUCCAAACUGUUACCCCGGAAACACUGACUCGCGUUGUCCCAAACCAACGACACCUGCUCCACCAAGGUGCUUCCCAGGCAGUACCGACCCUAGGUGUCCUAAGCCAACCACUCCAGAACCUCCACGUUGCUUCCCUGGAUCAAAUGACCCAAGGUGUCCCAAACCUACAACACCCAAACCAGUCUGCUACCCGGGUUCUCCGGAUCCAAAAUGUCCCCAACCACCACGACCAACAACCUUAACUCCUCCCACUUAUUUACCGCCAGUAACACCGGCCCUCAAAUGUUACCCAGGUUCGACUGACCCUAGAUGCCCUAAGCCAACGACACCUGAACCACCACGGUGCUUCCCAGGAUCAACUGACCCCAGGUGUCCUAAGCCAACCACGCCUGCACCACCAAAUUGUUUCCCUGGAAAUACCGACCCACGUUGUCCAAAACCAACAACCCCUGCCCCACCACGGUGCUUCCCAGGCUCAACUGACCCAAGAUGUCCUAAACCUACGACACCUGAACCACCUCGUUGCUUCCCUGGAUCAAGUGACCCCAGGUGUCCCAAGCCUACCACGCCUGCACCACCAAACUGUUACCCUGGAAACAACGAUCCGCGUUGUCCAAAACCAACAACCCCUGCUCCACCAAGAUGCUUCCCCGGUUCAACCGACCCAAGAUGUCCCAAACCAACAACUCCUGAGCCACCACGCUGCUUCCCAGGUUCAACAGAUCCUAGAUGCCCUAAACCAACAACCCCAGCACCUCCAAACUGUUAUCCUGGAAACACUGACCCGCGUUGUCCCAAACCAACGACACCUGCUCCACCGAGGUGCUUCCCAGGCAGUACCGAUCCUAGGUGUCCCAAGCCAACGACUCCAGAACCUCCACGCUGCUUCCCUGGAUCAAAUGACCCAAGGUGUCCCAAACCUACCACACCCAAACCAGUCUGUUACCCGGGUUCUCCAGACCCUAAAUGUCCCCAACCACCACGCCCAACAACCUUAACUCCCCCGACUUAUUUACCACCUGUGACACCGGCACUUAAGUGUUAUCCCGGUUCUACUGACCCUAGAUGUCCUAAACCAACGACUCCUGAACCCCCACGGUGCUUCCCUGGGUCCACUGAUCCGCGUUGCCCAAAACCUACAACUCCAGCGCCUCCAAACUGCUUCCCAGGCAGCACUGAUCCUAGAUGCCCCAAGCCCACUACGCCUGCACCACCAAAUUGUUACCCUGGAAACACUGAUCCACGUUGUCCCAAGCCAACGACUCCUGCCCCACCAAGGUGCUUCCCUGGCUCAACUGACCCAAGAUGUCCCAAACCAACGACUCCUGAGCCACCACGCUGCUUCCCAGGUUCAACAGACCCUAGGUGCCCUAAACCAACAACCCCAGCACCUCCAAACUGUUAUCCUGGAAACACUGACCCGCGUUGUCCCAAACCAACGACUCCUGAACCUCCACGUUGCUUCCCUGGAUCAAAUGACCCAAGGUGUCCCAAACCUACAACACCCAAACCAGUCUGCUACCCGGGUUCUCCGGAUCCAAAAUGUCCCCAACCACCACGACCAACAACCUUAACUCCUCCCACUUAUUUACCGCCAGUAACACCGGCCCUCAAAUGUUACCCAGGUUCGACUGACCCUAGAUGCCCUAAGCCAACGACACCUGAACCACCACGGUGCUUCCCAGGAUCAACUGACCCAAGGUGUCCUAAGCCAACCACGCCUGCACCACCAAAUUGUUUCCCUGGAAAUACCGACCCACGUUGUCCAAAACCAACAACCCCUGCCCCACCACGGUGCUUCCCAGGCUCAACUGACCCAAGAUGUCCUAAACCUACGACACCUGAACCACCUCGUUGCUUCCCUGGAUCAAGUGACCCCAGGUGUCCCAAGCCUACCACGCCUGCACCACCAAACUGUUACCCUGGAAACAACGAUCCGCGUUGUCCAAAACCAACAACCCCUGCUCCACCAAGAUGCUUCCCAGGUUCAACCGACCCAAGAUGUCCCAAACCAACAACUCCUGAGCCACCACGCUGCUUCCCAGGUUCAACAGAUCCUAGAUGCCCUAAACCAACAACCCCAGCACCUCCAAACUGUUAUCCUGGAAACACUGACCCGCGUUGUCCCAAACCAACGACACCUGCUCCACCGAGGUGCUUCCCAGGCAGUACCGAUCCUAGGUGUCCCAAGCCAACGACUCCAGAACCUCCACGCUGCUUCCCUGGAUCAAAUGACCCAAGGUGUCCCAAACCUACCACACCCAAACCAGUCUGUUACCCGGGUUCUCCAGACCCUAAAUGUCCCCAACCACCACGCCCAACAACCUUAACUCCCCCGACUUAUUUACCACCUGUGACACCGGCACUUAAGUGUUAUCCCGGUUCUACUGACCCUAGAUGUCCUAAACCAACGACUCCUGAACCCCCACGGUGCUUCCCUGGGUCCACUGAUCCGCGUUGCCCAAAACCUACAACUCCAGCGCCUCCAAACUGCUUCCCAGGCAGCACUGAUCCUAGAUGCCCCAAGCCCACUACGCCUGCACCACCAAAUUGUUACCCUGGAAACACUGAUCCACGUUGUCCCAAGCCAACGACUCCUGCCCCACCAAGGUGCUUCCCUGGCUCAACUGACCCAAGAUGUCCCAAACCAACGACUCCUGAGCCACCACGCUGCUUCCCAGGUUCAACAGACCCUAGGUGCCCUAAACCAACAACCCCAGCACCUCCAAACUGUUAUCCUGGAAACACUGACCCGCGUUGUCCCAAACCAACGACUCCUGCACCUCCCAGAUGCUUCCCAGGUAGCACUGACCCAAGAUGCCCAAGGCCUACGACUCCGGAACCGCCGCGGUGCUUCCCAGGAUCAACUGAUCCCAGAUGCCCCAAACCUACUACACCAGCACCUCCAAAUUGUUACCCUGGAAACAAUGACCCCCGUUGUCCUAAACCAACGACUCCUGAGCCACCACGCUGCUUCCCAGGAUCAACUGAUCCUAGGUGCCCUAAACCAACAACGCCUGCACCACCAAACUGUUACCCCGGAAACACUGACCCACGUUGUCCCAAACCAACAACACCUGCGCCACCCAAAUGCUUCCCAGGCAGCACUGACCCAAGAUGCCCCAAACCAACUACUCCAACACCACCCAAACCAGUCUGCUACCCGGGUUCUCCGGAUCCUAAAUGUCCCCAACCUCCACGACCAACUACCUUAACUCCUCCCACUUAUUUACCACCAGUGACACCAGCACUCAAAUGCUUCCCUGGUUCUGCUGAUCCCAGAUGCCCCAAACCCACAACACCUGCCCCUCCUAAUUGUUAUCCUGGUAAUGCAGACCCCAGGUGCCCGAAACCUCCUACACCAGCACCCCCUAACUGUUACCCAGGAAACACUGAUCCUCGUUGCCCCAAACCAACGACGCCUGCUCCACCAAGGUGUUACCCGGGCUCCACUGACCCCAGAUGUCCAAAGCCAACUACUCCUGAGCCACCACGCUGCUUCCCUGGCUCAACUGACCCUAGGUGUCCAAAGCCAACGACUCCUGCUCCACCACGCUGCUUCCCAGGUUCAAAUGACCCCAGAUGCCCCAAGCCAACCACUCCCGAACCUCCGCGAUGCUACCCAGGUUCGCCCGAUCCCAAAUGUCCACAGCCACCACGACCUACAACUUUAACACCUCCAACAUAUUUGCCACCGGUUACCCCGGAAUUUAAAUGUUAUCCAGGUUCAACAGACCUUAGAUGUCCACAACCGACAACACCCGCUCCUCCAAAAUGUUUCCCUGGAAGUACAGACCCCAGGUGUCCGAAACCUACCACACCGGCACCUCCAAAUUGUUACCCCGGAAAUACUGACCCGCGUUGUCCUAAACCAACGACACCUGCUCCACCAAGGUGCUUCCCAGGCAGUACCGACCCCAGGUGUCCUAAGCCGACGACUCCUGAGCCACCUCGUUGUUUCCCAGGAUCAACUGAUCCCAGAUGCCCUAAACCCACGACCCCAGCACCUCCAAAUUGUUACCCCGGAAACAAUGACCCCCGUUGUCCUAAACCUACGACUCCUGCCCCACCAAGGUGCUUCCCUGGUUCAACUGACCCAAGAUGUCCGAAACCAACGACUCCUGAACCACCACGCUGCUUCCCAGGUUCCACUGAUCCUAGGUGUCCUAAACCAACAACCCCAGCACCACCAAAUUGUUACCCCGGAAAUACUGACCCACGUUGCCCUAAACCAACAACACCAGCUCCACCCAGAUGCUUCCCAGGUAGCACAGACCCAAGAUGCCCCAAACCAACUACUCCAACACCACCCAAACCAGUCUGCUACCCAGGUUCUCCGGACCCUAAGUGUCCCCAACCUCCACGGCCAACAACUUUAACUCCUCCCACUUAUUUACCACCAGUGACACCGGCACUCAAAUGCUACCCUGGUUCUACUGAUCCUAGAUGUCCCAAGCCAACAACCCCUGAACCACCACGUUGUUUCCCUGGAUCAAAUGACCCUAGAUGUCCUAAGCCAACAACACCUGAACCACCUCGAUGCUUCCCUGGGAGCACGGACCCUCGUUGUCCCAAACCAACUACUCCUGCCCCACCAAGAUGCUUCCCAGGUAGUACUGAUCCUAGGUGUCCUAAGCCAACAACGCCUGAGCCACCACGCUGCUUCCCAGGAUCAACUGACCCACGUUGCCCUAAACCAACAACACCAGCGCCACCCAGAUGCUUCCCAGGAAGCACUGACCCAAGAUGCCCAAAACCAACGACUCCUGAACCACCACGCUGCUUCCCAGGUUCCACUGAUCCUAGGUGUCCUAAACCAACGACCCCAGCACCACCAAACUGUUAUCCUGGAAAUACUGACCCACGUUGCCCUAAACCGACAACACCAGCUCCACCCAGAUGCUUCCCAGGUAGCACCGACCCAAGAUGUCCCAAACCAACUACACCCAAACCAGUCUGCUACCCAGGUUCUCCGGAUCCUAAAUGUCCCCAACCUCCACGUCCAACAACUUUAACUCCUCCCACUUAUUUGCCACCAGUGACACCGGCACUCAAAUGCUUCCCCGGUUCUACUGAUCCUAGAUGCCCCAAGCCAACAACUCCUGAGCCACCGCGAUGCUUCCCAGGAUCAAGUGAUCCCAGAUGUCCCAAGCCACCAACACCUGAGCCACCAAGAUGCUUCCCAGGCAGCACUGAUCCUAGAUGUCCCAAACCAACGACACCAGCACCUCCCAACUGUUACCCUGGUAACACCGAUCCGCGUUGUCCCAAACCGACAACUCCUGCCCCACCAAGGUGCUUCCCAGGUAGCACUGACCCAAGAUGCCCAAAACCUACAACCCCUGAGCCCCCGCGCUGCUUCCCUGGGUCCACUGACCCAAGAUGUCCCAAGCCAACAACACCUGAACCUCUACGCUGUUUCCCUGGCUCAAGUGACCCUAGAUGUCCCAAACCAACAACACCUGAACCACCACGUUGCUUCCCUGGAUCAAGCGACCCUAGGUGCCCCAAGCCAACGACCCCUGAACCUCCUCGAUGCUACCCAGGUUCACCUGAUCCUAGAUGUCCACAGCCACCACGACCGACAACAUUAACACCUCCAACAUAUUUACCACCGGUAACGCCUGGAUUUAAAUGCUAUCCAGGUUCAACUGACCCUAGGUGUCCACAACCGACCACCCAACCUCCUCCGAGAUGUUUCCCCGGUAGCACAGAUCCUAGAUGCCCUAAACCUACAACACCAGCACCUCCUAACUGUUACCCCGGUAACACUGACCCACGUUGCCCUAAGCCAACAACACCCGCUCCACCAAAUUGUUUCCCCGGAAGCCAAGAUCCUCGUUGCCCUAAACCAACAACUCCAGCACCUCCUAGAUGUUUCCCAGGUAGCAAUGACCCCAGGUGUCCCAAGCCUACGACUCCUGAGCCACCACGUUGCUAUCCCGGAUCGACUGACCCCAGAUGUCCCAAACCUACGACUCCUGAGCCACCACGUUGCUAUCCCGGAUCGACUGACCCCAGAUGUCCCAAACCUACGACUCCUGAGCCACCACGUUGCUACCCUGGAUCAACUGAUCCUAGAUGUCCCAAACCUACGACUCCUGAGCCACCACGUUGCUACCCUGGAUCAACUGAUCCCAGAUGUCCUAAACCUACGACUCCUGAGCCUCCACGUUGCUAUCCCGGAUCGACUGACCCCAGAUGUCCUAAGCCAACAACUCCUGCGCCACCACGUUGCUUCCCUGGAUCAACUGAUCCAAGGUGCCCCAAACCCGAGCCUUCAACCCCCAGCUCUUGUUAUCCAGGAUCUAGGGAUCCAAAGUGCCCACAGCCGUUUGCUCCAGCUAGCACUAACCCACCUUCAACUUAUUUGCCUCCAUUCCCAGAAGAAAAUGAAAUCAAGUCUUCUAGGAUCAGCAGAUUAGCACUAAAGGACAUUGAUGAAGACAAGUUCAACGAUUAUAUAGAUUCGUUCGAUUUCAAGCGAACAGAACCAAGGUCAAGAAAAGUUCGUGACUUAAGUGGUAGCAGCGAAAGUGCAACGUUUGCAACAAGUGGCACUGCCAUCAUAUACAUUGCCAUGGGAUCAGCUGUAAUCAUGAUUAUGUCAAUCACACUUGCCAUUUAUAUGUACAAAAAUAACAAAAACAAUAAACUAAGAACUGCGUUUGUAAAUUCAACUGCGCAAAGCCCUUGUUGAUAUGUAAAUAACUGUCGUGUUAAAUAUUAAUAAUGUGAUAUUUUAAUUUUUAAUUUUUACUAUCUACUUGAUUCAUUCCAGUUCUCGAUGUUUAAUAAUGGCUGCUAAAUAUGAAUAAUAUAAUUCGAUUUUUAUAAUGACGUCACUGCCUUAUAAGCUUUAUCUUAAUACUUCAUGCGCUAGGCAUGCCUAUUUUAUCACUAUAUAAAAUAGUGCCAUAUAAUACAAUAUAGUGUCUCCUUCGAUGCGUCCUCAAUCUAUAAUGUAUAUUAUAUCGCUAGUCAAUAUUUGUAUGUAUAACAUUCUUAUAUAUUGUUCUGAAAUUCUGUAUGUUUUUCAAAAAUUACUCAUUUUUUUAUAAAGAAAUAAAUAAUAUACUCAUUUGUGAUAUUUUUCGUGUAAAUACAUAUUGUUACAGUAUGCUGAUGUGGCCAUUUGAAUUUAAUAUAUAGUGUGUAUUAAUAUAAAUGUAAGAUGACUUGAGUACAUUCUGUGUCACAUUUAAUUCAUUGUAAACGACAAUCAUUUUCGAAAAACUGAUGAUAAUGAUAUGUUUCUUAAACAGAGUGUACUCAUGGUACAUUAUUUUCAAUGAUUUUGUAAUGUUAGUACCUAAGAUUGCUUGUCGAGUCAAUCUAAGUAAAACAUUCUAUGAAUGUC